GAGACUGACACCUGGGCAUCUUCACCACCGCUUCUCCAUCUGCUAAGAGAAAAGGAGAAGCUGCUCAUUCCAGUAAUGAAUCUUAAUCUAUAGCAUGGAGGAAGGCAGUGUGGACAUCAAGGAAGAGGACUGCAGGUGGGAAUCUGUGUUCCAUCAGCAGGAGAGCCCUGCUAUUAUGGAAGAGGAUUGUGAGUUGGUGGUAAAAGACAUUAAAGAAGAACCUUCACCAGUAUUUCAUAGAAAUCUCAUGCAAAAAGAUGAAACGGUAGACAAUGUCAAAGAUGAACAGGUUAAAUCAGUGGCUGUUGUAGGUGAGUUAGACGUGGCACCACAUCAUUCUGUCAAUGUGAGGUCUGAAUCUUUGGAAUUUGACGUGAAGAGAUCAGAACAAUCCUCGAGGUCAAGUCUCUCUGGUGGAGAUUUGCAAGACAUUGGCACCAUCUCCUCACCUUCAUUUCCUCAAACACCUAAGCAGUGCAGAGCAGAACAAAUGCAGAAACAUGAAAAUACAAAGAUAUUAAAAUCGGGACUUGAGAUUCUGACGUUGGCCACUUUGCAGCGGAGUUCCCUGCCUGUUGUGAGACUAACAAGGGCAGAUAAAAGGAACACCAAAGAACAGAGGUGUAGUACAAAUUCAUCUGCUUUGGCUGUUUUACAAGAGCGGAAGAAAAGGUUUAACCCAAAAAGUAAACUCAGGGAUAAGCAUGAUAGUCCUUCAAGAAAGAAGCCACAUUGCUGUUCUGAAUGUGGCAAGCGGUUCUCUUCCCAUAAUUGUCUUCGCAUUCACAAAAGACUUCACACUGGAGAGAAGCCAUACUGCUGUCCUGAAUGUGGAAAGAAAUUUUCACAGUUUUUUGGUCUUCAGUCACACACAAGAAUUCAUACUGGAGAAAAGCCAUACAGCUGUUCUGAAUGUGGCAAACGGUUCUUGCAAACGAGCACUCUUAACACCCACAUGAGAAUUCAUACUGGGCAGAAACCAUACUGUUGUUGUGAAUGUGGUAAAGGAUUCACCACUAGUGGCAGUCUUCACGUCCACAGAAGGAUUCACACUGGGCAGAAGCCAUAUCGCUGUCCUGAAUGUGGAAAAGAAUUCACCUCCAGUGGUGGUCUUCAGAAGCACAGAGCAAUCCAUACAGGAGAGAAGCCUCAUGGGUGCUCCGAAUGUGGACGACGAUUCCUCCGCCGUAGUAAUCUUAAGACACACACAAGAAUUCAUAGUGGAGAAAGGCCAUAUUGCUGUGCCGAAUGUGGCAAACGAUUCACCACCAAUGGCAGUCUUGUCGUUCACAACAGAAUUCACACUGGAGAGAAGCCAUAUUGCUGUUCGGAAUGUGGAAAAGAAUUCACCUUCCGUGCCAGUCGUCAGAGACACAUGAAAAUUCAUGCACAGAGAGACACCACCAACUUUCAGGAUCACUUUACUUGAAAGUAUGCAACAAAUAGAACUUGCCAGUCUUAGAGAUGCAUUGAGACCACACUCGAGACUAAAAAACAGAAAAUGAGAAAGCGUUAGUCACUUGGCAUGUAACAAUACCAACUGACAGGAAAAUACAUGUCCGAAAUAGUUACAAAAGUUAAAGAAUCUGAUAAAUUGGGGAUCAUUAAAGUUUCAGUUUUAAAUGAUUACUCCAUACUCAAAAGUGGAAAGUCAAAAAAUAACUAAGUACUAAGAAGUGCAUUCUGAGAUUAGUGAGAUGUGGAAUAAAACGAUUGAGAUUGUGCUAGAGGUGCUGGGAUCAACAGACUUUACUAAUAAACAACUAACAUGCCCACCUGACGUCCUACCAAUUACCAUCAAUAUAUUCAAACCACAGAAGGUAGCACUUUUAGGGACAAUGUAUGAUUUAGGUUGAUUUCUGGCAGCAAAUUUAAAAGAAUAACACCAGCAGCAGUGUGAAAACGUAUCCAUCCAUCCA